AUGUUAAGGCAGGAAUAUAAAAAUUCAUAGGUAAACAAGUUGAUAUUGUCAUAUCAGUCUAUUUCUCAUCUGAUGGUACGAUUUUGCCAUCUGGUAGUUAUCAUAGGUCUAUCCGUUUGUGGCUUGUUAAGACAGGGUAAUAAAAUGGCAGAUUAGUUGGUCAUAGUAACAAUGUUAAUACAGUCUGUUUCUCUCCUGAAGGUGCUAGAUUAACAUCAGGUAGUUCAGAUUAUUCUGUCCAUCAAUGGGAUUCUAAUACUGGAGUAUAAAAAACUAAAUUAGAAGGCCAUGAUCAUACUGUUUGGUCGAUUUGAUCCUCUUCUGAUGGUACUAAAAUAUGUAUCUAGUAGUGGGGAUUGCACUAUUCGUUUACGGGUUGUUAGGAUAAGAAAUUAAAUAGCCUAGUUGAAUAGUUAUGAUAAUGGAAUUCUAUCAGUAUGUUUCUACUCUGAUGGCACUAGUUUAGCAUCUGGUAGUUAUGGUAACUCCAUCCGUUUAUGGGAUGUUAUACCAAAAUAAUAAACGUUAUAAUUAGUUCCUCAUAAUCAUUAUGUACUAACAGUUGAUGGUUCUAUAUUAGCAUUUAGUAGUUAGAAUAAGUUAGUCAGUUUGUAGUAUGUAAACAACGGAACACGAGUCUUACCUUAAGAUAAAAGUUACAAAGAUAUUCAAGCAAAUUUUUAUCAUUCAAUAUUUUCAAAAGCAAUUCCUUCAAACAGUAUUAUUUUAUUUUCAGUAUUCAAUAGCCACCUGUAUUAGAACAAUUCUAAAAUUUUCCAAAAAGUCCAAUUUAGAAGUUUAAAAAAUCUUGAUAUUGAAUAUUAAUUAUCUUAAGGACAGAAUUUAUUUUAAUUUUUCUAUUAAUAAGGAUAUUGCAUUUUAAGAAGAUAAAUUGAAUGGCACUACAAAAAAUUUUCAAAUUUCCUCAUAUUUUAAAAAGAUUUGA